AUGAGUGUUUUCAAACUCCCAAAUACACUUUGUGAUGAGAUGAUUAGCUUGGUGCGCUCCUUCUGGUGGGGCCAAACAAAUGGAAGAAAUAAAAUGGCAUGGUUGUCAUGGGAUAAAGUCUGUGUUCCAAAAUCCAAUGGUGGCUUGGGAUUUCGAAAUCUAAAGGCUUUCAACUUGGCACUUCUCGCCAAGCAAGGAUGGAGACUUCAAACAAACACCCAUUCCCUAGUUCACCGUGUUCUCAAAGCUCGCUACUUUCCAAAUACUGACUUCUUACAUGCAGAGUUGGGCUCAAAACCUCCCUUUGCUUGGAGAAGCAUCAUGGUUGCACAAGAGGUGGUCAAGGCGGGCAGCAGAUGGCAAGUGGGAAAUGGCUCCUCGAUCCAGAUUUGGCUUGACAAGUGGCUGCCUACACACUCCAUUUUUCGAGUCAUCUCGCCGACGGGCACACUACCUCAAGACUCACGGGUUUGCACCCUCAUAGAUGAGGAAACGGGUGAAUGGAAAGCAGACAUGAUUCGGGAAUUCGUGGACUUCAUUUGGCAUCUCAUCUUCAUCCAACAUGUAGGCAAGGAGCUGCUUGAACUGGUGGUCACCAUUGCAUGGUGUAUGUGGUAUACAAGGAACAAAGCCUGCCAUGGGACCACACGACAGUCCAGCCAAGAGAUAAUCUUCAAAGCCCGAAGCAUGAUUAAGAGCUACCAGCUUGCCCGCCUGGAGAAACCUCAUCAUAAGGAGCCAGCAGAUAUACGGUGGAUUCCGUCGGACUUCCCGUGGUACAAGAUCAACAUCGAUGCCGCUGUCUUCACCGUCUCCAAGUCUGUGGGAAUUGGUGUUGUGGUUCGUGACCAUGAGGGGUUAGUUGUGGGCCUUGUGGCAGCUCUGAGCAAGCGCAUGCCACUGCCGUUGGGACCUUUUGAUGCCGAAGCAAAAGCCAUGCAUGAAGCGGUCACUUUCGCCAAAGAUAUUGGACUCCAGGACGUCAUUUUCGAGACAGACUCUGCCAUUCUUUCAACUGCCUUGAAUGAUAUCUCAACGGCACCAACCAGCAUUGACAACGUCAUACAGGACACUCAUCACAGCUUGCAAGCUUUUCGAAGAACACAAAUACAGCAUGUUAAGCGAAUUGGAAAUAAGCUAGCACACACUUUGGCCCAUCAUGCCAAAGGAAUAGAUGACUAUGUUACUUGGAUUGAGGAAACUCCACCAUGUAUUGAACCUAUUGUUUUUCAGGAUGCUCUAUCCGUUUAG